UUGUCUUCGUGAUUGUCAUCAUCACCGAGCUGAGUAAUUUUAUUGCAAAAUAAUUUAUGUUCGUAAAUAAACAGCAACAGUGUGAAACAGUGCACCAGAAUCGUUAUCCACUUCGCAUCCAAGUGCCAAUAACAGUUAUAGUAAAUUAAUCUUUAAUGUAACCUAGAAAUAGAAGUAAUCAUGAAGUACUCCACAUCACCGACUCCAAGUCUUAGUAAUUAUCCAAGGAGCACGUCUCCGCUCCCAGCGCCUGCUAACUACCAGCCGACGACGGCCAGUGCAGCCGUGAAGCGAUACAAGUACUUGAGAAGACUGUUCAAGUUCAACCAAAUGGACUUCGAGUUUGCGGCCUGGCAAAUGGUCUAUUUGUUCGUGGCACCACAAAAAGUGUUUAGGAACUUCAAUUAUAGAAAACAUACAAAAUCACAGUUUGCAAGAGAUGAUCCAGCGUUCCUGGUACUUUUAUGUAUCUGGCUAUUUUUGUCAUCAAUAUGCUUUGCGCUGGGUAUGGGGCUCAGCUGGACACAAGUGGCGCUCUUUGUGCUGUUCGUAGUGUUUGUAGACUUUAUCGGAGCUGGGAUACUCGUCUCCACAAUAUUUUGGUACAUCAGCAAUAAGUACCUGCGACGCGACCGCGACGGGCCGGACGUGGAGUGGGGCUACGCCUUCGACGUGCACAUCAACGCCUUCUUCCCGCCGCUGUCGCUGCUGCACUGCUUCCAGAUCGUGCUGUUCAACAGUCUACUAAACCACGACGGGUUCCUGUCGUGCCUGGUGUCCAACUCCUUCUGGCUGGCCUCCAUCGUCUACUACUUGUACAUCACCUUUCUGGGAUACAGCAAUAUCCCGACGCUGCAGAACGUGCGAGCCUUCCUGCUUCCGCUGCCGGUAUUGGCGCUGCUGUUCGUAGGCUCGCUCGCCGCUGGAUGGAACUUCAGCCGUAUGCUCAUGACCUUCUACCACUACCGGGUGUUAUAGGCGACCACGCGACCACCACGCCACCAUGUGACCACCACACCAAUACGUGACGAACAUGCCGCUACGCGACCACAACGCCACCAAGUGGCCGCCACGUGGUCAUCGUAUGACCACCACGCCACCAAGUGGCCGCCACGUGGUCAUCGUAUGAUCACCACGCUACCAAGUGGCCGCCACGUGGUCAUCGUAUGACCACCACGCUACCAAGUGGCCGCCACGUGGUCAUCGUAUGACCACCACGCUACCAAGUGGCCGCCACGUGGUUAUCGUAUGACCACCACGACACCACAGGGCUGCAUCGAACACCCUUUAUUAAAUCAACCGCUGCUCGUGACCUACUAUUACCGGGUGCUGCAGAUCGACACCACACCAUGCUUUAAAAUAAAUUACAAAAAACUAAUUUUCAAAAUAUUAUGUAUCACGAUAUUUUUGAGCAGUGAAUCUAAAGCCUGGUCCGUGAGCACGUAGAAUUUUGUCCAAUGACCCCAAGCUACCCAUCGGACAGUUGCGACAGCAAUAUAAUUACGCGCGAGCGAUAAGGAUGGGUAGCUUGGGGUCAUUGGACAAAAUUCUACGUGCUCACGGACCAGACUUUAUCAGAUGAGUGUUCCUGUUGCGUGGGUGACUGACAGAGUACAUUGAGCUUAAAAGCAAUUAAGCGUCUCUUAAGCACUAAGUAUAAAUUCGCUUUGGUUGGCGAAUAGUUGACUAUUUCCUAUUAUUAUUCCGAUUACAAACGGGAACAUUAUUAAUAAUAUUUUUAUUUAAUUAAUAUUUAAAUCUUUAAGGCAAUAAGUUUCGGGUAAGGCGUAUAACUGAUGUAACUGUUAGCAAUUAAGUUUUAUAGAUUUACCAUAUUAUGUAAAUAAUAUUAAUUUAAUAUUUUGUAUUAAAAGUUUAAAUGAAAUGCA